AGGCAGGAAGCCGGGGGAGAACAGCAGGGUACAGCAGCUGCCACCCCUGCUUCUGGACCUGACAGAAAAAAAAACGAAAAGAUAAUUAUAAAAACCACAAGACAAUCAACAGAAUCUCCAGGAAGUAACAGGAGCACCCCGGAGGCCAGUAAAAGGAGUGCUGCAAGGCCCAUAAAAACAACAGGAAGUAGAAGAGAAACAGAUGGAACUAUUUUACCCAGACAGCCAGCAGUGGCAUCUGGGACUGCUGACGAAGGAGCCGCAAAAACUAGUAGGCCCCGAUCACAAGACACUACAUUACCCAUGAAGCCAGUGUGUGCACACGGUGGUGAUGGGAAGUGUGUUGACAGGAAGGCAGUGGCCUUGCAUGCCAUCACCAUCGGGUGAAAACAGGAAGGAGAGAAGAGGGAAGUUGAGUAGCUAAAAUGUUAGUAAGUAGAGACAGCAGAAGUAAGCAGGGAGACGCUCAGAGUCCUCCAGCCAAACAAGCUAAAGGCAACUCUGCUGUGGACUCAGCUGCACACAGGACGGUAACCAUGGGUCAGGAACAAUCCCAGGAUCCCCGGGAAAGCAAGUUAGAACCAGAGGAGCCAAGCCAACCUGACACCAUGAACAGUCCUCAGUCUGGCAGGAGGACCAGCCCCAAGUCUUCAGACAUGGGAAGAAAAUCCCGCAGAGGGGUAUGGCGGGAUGGAGGCUGGAUUGGAGGCAGAAUGGGAUCGGCCACACAUGGACCUGAAACCGUGGCAAAAACCAUCUGGUAUCAGGGUGAAAACCUCAAUCAGGAUCCCAAUGAAGACUGGAGUAAAAAGGAAAUUAACUCUCAGUCAGUUUGGUAUGAUAGUGAUAUGAUGGAUCAGAGAAAACAGGAACAGCUGGAGCAGGGAAUGAGCGAGCAGAAAGAAUGUGAUUUGAGCUUAGCCCAAGCUUCUGCUCUUAGUUCUCCACAGCUGUUAGAACAGGGUCUUAGUUCUCAUCCACUGUCUGCAGCUCUUAGUCAGCCGCAUGCUGCUGGAUCACUGCCAGCACUGUCACAUGGGCCUGGUUCACAAAGACAGGAAGUACACGGAUCACAGCGUGAGGAGGAAGUAGGGCCAGCUUGGACGGAGGGAGGAGUUGAGGGAGGCAGAGAGAGGACUUACAGAAAGAGUUCUGAAAUUGACAUCAAAGAGGGGGGAAGAGAGAAGCUAGUGAGCGAAGGCAAAGGAGCAAAGGGCAGAAAAAAGAAGAGGAAGAAAAGGGGGAAGAGAGGAGGCACAGGGGCCAAGCUUAGCUCCAGCUCCAGUGUGGAGUCUCAGAGUCAGAUAGAGAUAAAGACACAGAGUGAACAAGUGACAAACCUGAACACUCAGUCAGGGACACAGUCAGAAGCCAAGGAUAACACAGGAAGGGCAGACCCUGAGUCUCCAACCCGCAGAAAGGAAGCUGACAAGGACGCCAUGCAUCUACCCAGCCAGAUGGAAUGCCAGAACAGGGAUGCACGUGGACCUGACUGUGAUAUCACAAACUUGGAUGAGAGAACUGAAGGUAUAGCUUCACAGACACUACAAACAGAGGUAUUUUUGGAGGAUGACGACAUAGAUUUUCAUGGACCUGAUCCCGUAAACCUGGAUUCUGCUGUCACUGCCUCAGAACUUCAUCAAAUGGACAUCAGAGAGGCAGAUGUAGAGGAAAUAACAACUGUGCAACCACUACAAAUGGAAGCAGUUGAUUUGACAGAGCUGGAAUCAAAGGGGCCUGCCAGUUCGCUCCAACAAACAGCGAAUGAUGUGGAAUCAAAGGCGUUGUCACAUAAUGAAGAUUUGUCUGUUGCCAGUAAAGCUGUUACAUUGGUGGACCAUGCAGGUUUGGUGGAAUCUAACUGUCCAAAAGAACUUCAUGUUAUAAUUUCAGAUUGUAAAGAAGUCACAGAGGACUCACUUCUUGUGGAAUCUUCUGAACAGAGUAUGGAAAUUAUACAAUCUGUUGAGUCAAACAAACCAGUAGAACCUGUGGAUCCUGUGGGAAGACCUGGAAGAUUUAUGGAACUUGUGUGUGCUACAGAAGCUGGGGGUCUGCUAUUUAAAGGUGAAACGGAUGUUUUACCUCCUCAAAUAUGGGAAGGAAGCUGUGAGACAACUGUGAGGGAAUAUUUAGAGCAUUGUUUGUCCUUUGAGAUGCUGAGAGAUCAGCAGCAGAAGGGGGAAAAGAGAAAUGAGUUGUGGGUGGGUGAAGAGGAAGCGGGUAAGGGAAAUAGUGGGAGUGAGGAAAAUGUUAGUGGGAUUGUUCAUGCCAAGGAGUUAUCUUCCAUAGACAGAGAACAAGACCUUGUUGCCACAGCAGUAGCAGUGGUAGCGGUAGCAAUUGCAUCGGCCAUAGCCAGCCUAGAAGUGAGCCAACACUUAGAAGACAAUCAGGCAGAGAGUCAGGAGUCAUUAAAGCAGCUUGCAGAUAAUUUGCUCAACACUGUUCAGUCCACACAGCUGAUGGACAGAGAGUCCUGUCAACUGUUAGCACCUGAGACAGAAAACCAACCCACAGGUCAUUCACACAUUGAACCUACCACUGAGUUUGCUUCUAAAGCUAAUAUUAAAAUAUCCGAGGAGUCUGAUUUUGUAGUGUUGUGUGGUGACACUGAGACAGAAGGGCUGCAGACAGCACAGCUAAGUAGCAACCAGCAGGACCUUGUCCUGUCAGCACUUGCAGACACUCCUAGUUUACCACAACUUGACAAAGAGGAAAUCCAGAUAGAAACUACUCAAAACAAAGUAUUUACAUCUUCUCAAUCUAAAGGAGAAGACAGCUCACUGCAAGCUCAUGUGAAACCUUUGCCAGAAGGAAAUGAGAUUAUUAUAACUGAGGUGGACAACCAAGGUCACAUGCAGAGAGAAAUCCCCCCCUGUCCUUUUACAGACCCUGGACAAUACCCAGAGGUGUCUGACAGAUGCUGCCCUGCCUCUGAGGAAAACCAUAGAGAUACCCAGGAUCAGUCUAUCUGUCAGGAAGAGAGUGAGAUACAAAACAGACAUGAUGGAGAUGGUCACCCUUCAGACUCUGUAACUGCUGAGGGUGAGUUAGGAGGGCAGGCGCAUAAGCAGGACAGUCUACACAGUUCAAAGUGUGAGGAACACAAGAGCAUGUCAGACUGUCAGGCUGAGGGGGCUGAGCGGGACCCACAGCUGGAAGGUCAGGUUAAAACACCAUGUCAGGGGGAGAUUCUGUCUUUGAUGCCUCCUUUUGUCUCAACACUUCCUACUUCCCCCUGCGACUUGACUACUGUGGCCAGUCCCAGUCCAGAUGAACCCACCGCCCCUGUCAAUGUGGAAACAUGCAAAUCCCAGCCAUCCCACUCAUUACCGGACAUGGAGCUUGUCCCUGCUAUCCCUCUUGAUGUCGGCAGUAGCCUGUUCCAGAGUGAAGUUCACGAGUCCGCGGCCAUGGAUAAUGAGGUUCGUGUGUUUGAAGGGCUGGAUAAAGACUUUGAUGCUGUGGAAUCCAUGGAUGGAUGGAAGGAGAGAGAAAAGAAGAAGAUGAAAAGGAUAGAUGAAGCAAUAGAAGAGAUGGUCACAGUGGACAUGACAUCCCAUAUAGCAGCUGAAGAAAAGGACCAAGGGAGUAGGAGAGAGUCAGACAGCACUCACACUCUGCAGAUCCAGAGGGAAAGUGAUGUUUUCUACCCUGUCCAGCCAUGCCCUGAACCUAACACAGUAACAACAUGUACAGACAUUCCUCCAAACACGGAGGUGUCCAACGAGUGUGUGUCCACGUGUUUGUUGCAUAGAGACGAAGACAGCGUAAAAGUCAAUGUGCAACUGGAUGACAGUGUCUUUAAAAAGCCUCUAGACCCCCCCCUCUGUGUUGGAGACAAGGACAGCGGGGUCCAUGUCUCCUGCUCAACCGCAAAUGAUGCAUUGACACAGGAAGCUCUCAGUCCCACUGAGGAGGCUUUGUCGGUGGGCAUACCUGACGCUGUGGCCCCUCGGAGCCCCAGACUGUCCUGGAAGUCAGAAACAGAGGACAGAGGCCAGACAGAUGGAGGAGGAGAGGAAGAAGAGGAAAAAGACAAGCUCUCAGAAAAUCCCGUCUCCUCUGCCAUCUUGCGAGCCACCAUCCGUUCCUUGUCUCCACUCCGUCGUCACAGCUGGGAGCCAGGAACCAACAGCGCCGCUGCAGACACAGACAUCACACAGCACAGCUCAUGGAAGAGUCUAACAGGAGAGGUGAAGAGAGCCAAGCCCCCCCUCCACAGGAGAAGUAUGAGCUGGUGUCCAUCCACCCUGCGUCGUCCUGAUCAGGAGCAAAUAGACAACAGAAGCUACAGCCUGGAGGGUCUGCAGGUAGAGAGGGGAGCGCUCCAUGCUCAGGGUCCCUGCCUCAGUGACCAACAGGAGAGGUCUGCAGGGAGGAGUUUACAUCUGGACAACCAGGAGAGAGGCUCACUGCUUUCCCUCACUGAGAAGGAGCAGGAUGGAGACGGAAGCAGCAUCGAUAGCCAGUCAUCACAUCAGGUACUGUCACUGACAAACAGCUGUCCUCCUGUGUUCCAUCACCAAUCCCUCACCAAAUCCAUCUCCAUGGUUACCAUCAGUCAAGGUGAUGCAGAUGGGAUGAGCUCAUUCUCCAGUAACUCCGGAUCACUGGAAUACAGUAUAUCAGAGGAGGAGCCGGGUCCUCUGCGGAGUGAAACUGAGGGAAAAGGAGGACCUAAAAUCAGUCGGACAUUCAGCUACCUCCGCAGCAAGAUGAGCAAGAAAGGCAAGGAAAAGGAGAGGAAGGGAGAGAGGGAGCGAGAGAGUAAAGACAGAGAGAGGAAGAGUGCAAACGAUCAUCUCUCCAUUGCAGUUAGCCUGUCUCCUUCCCUGUCUUCUUCCACGGCCUGUCAGCACUGCACCAAGCCUCUGAACCAUAAGGACACUGUCCUCUGCAACAACUGUGGAGCUCAUGUCCAUAAGAGCUGCAGAGACAUUCUGUUUGUCUGUACAAAGGGCAAAGCAAAGCAACAGCAGCUGCUGCCAGAAGCUGUUUCAGGAUCUGCUGUUACCAUGAGAAGUAUAUCUGCAUCUUCAGCAUCAUCUGUAUCAUCCACAUCAUCCUCAUCGUCACGGGAACGCUGGUCCACAGCAACCACCCCUGACGACCAGCUUUUUCCAAGAAGACACCCCAGCAUCUUCAACUCACACAGCAACCUGGCCAAGAGCAUCUCCACCAGCAAUAUAGCAGGGUUAGAGGAUGUUCCACUGAAAGGCCUCAAGUUCCUGUCCCAGUCCACUGACUCUCUCAAUCAGGGAAGCAAAGUCAGUGCCUCGACUGAGUCGCUCAGCGAUGAAGGUACUGUGAUGAUCGACAGUCAGCUGAUGGGAGAGUUUGAGUGUGACAUUAAAGAUCUGGAAGCUGAUUCUUGGAGCGGUACAAUGGAUAAGAAGUUCUUGAAAACGCUGAGGAAAGAUGAAAUCAAGAAGCAAGAUGUCAUCUUUGAGUUGUACCAGACAGAGGUCCACCAUGUGAGGACACUGAGGAUCAUGUCUGAAGUGUACUAUAAAGGGCUUCAGAAGGAGCUGCAGCUGGAAACUCACACUCUGGACAAGAUUUUCCCCGUUUUGGAUGACCUAUAUGACACACACUCACAUUUCCUCACCCGACUGCUGGAGAGAAAGAGAGCUUUGUCUGCUGAGGGCCAAAACAAUAGCAGCUUCUUCAUCUGUAGCAUCGGGGACGUCCUGCUCCAACAGUUUUCAGGCUGCAGUGCUGAGCGAAUGAAGAAAGUUUACGGGAAGUUCUGCAGUCGCCACAAUGAAGCCGUUAAUCUCUACAAAGACCUGCAGGCCAAAGACAAACGCUUCCAGGCUUUCAUCAAGAGGACGAUGAGCAGCAGCAUCGUGCGGAGGCUCAGUAUCCCAGAGUGCAUUCUGUUGGUCACUCAGAGGAUCACCAAGUAUCCGGUUCUCAUCCAGAGGAUACUGCAGCACACUAAAGAUACUGAUGAAGACCACAGCUGUGUGAGUGAAGCUCUGCACUCUGUGAAGGAGCUCAUCACAGCUGUGGACAGGAAGGUCAACGAGCAGGAGAAGAAACACAGACUGAGAGAAGUCUACAGUCGCACUGACAGUAAGUCCAUCAUGAGGAUGAAGAGUGGUCAGAUGUUUGCCAAAGAGGACCUAAUCAGAGGAAGGAAGCUGCUGCAUGAUGGAGCACUGCAGCUGAAAAACUCUGCUGGACGACUCAAAGAUGUUCAGGCCAUGCUCCUGUCUGAUGUGUUGGUGUUUCUUCAGGAGAAAGAUCAGAAAUAUGUCUUUGCCUCAUUGGACCAUCGCUCUACAGUCAUCUCCUUACAGAAUCUAAUAGUCAGAGAAGUGGCCAAUGAAGAGCGAGGUCUCUUUCUGAUCACAGCUGGUACAGAAAGACCAGAGAUGGUGGAGGUGUUGGCCAGCAGCAAGGAGGAGCGCAACACAUGGAGGGACAUCAUACAGGACACCAUGCACUGCAUGCAGAAAGAUGAGGAUGAGGGAGUUCCCAGUGAGACAGAAGAAGACAGGAGGCAGCAGGAGAACAGAGCGAAAGAGAUUCGAGAGCUUCUACGGAGGAAAGACGAGCAGAUCAUCAGUUUAUUGGAGGAGAAGGUCCACAUCUUCAGAGACCUGGCUGACUGUAAUCCCAGCUCUGAUGAUACUAAUCCACCAGUCAGGGAGCAGAUGUUAUUCGUGGCCACACCUGAUGAUGUCACAAAGGGGGAGCCAAUCAUAAAGGAUGCCCUGAGGGAAGUGGAGAGGCUUCACGGUUUGGUCCACAACGGUGUUGGUGGAGCGGGCUACAGUGCACCAGGGGGGCUGACAGGGGGCGGUGCAGGCACAGUGUGUCUGCCCAGAAGAGCUGAGACAUUCGGAGGCUUUGACAGUCACCAGAUGAGCAGCAGCAAGAAUGGAGAGAAGGAAGAGGGGGAUGAACUGCUAGACCUCCGCAGGACUGAGUCAGACAGCAUGUUGAAGAAGGGAGUCACUGCAAGCUUACAGAUGUUGCUGAAGAGAAACAAUGAGCAGGUGCAGCACAGUGUGAGCCAUCUUCACCAGCUGCUGAUUUCACUGCAGGCUGUGGUGGCUCAGCAGGACUCGUUCAUUCAGGACCAGCGGCAGACCCUGAACGACCGGCUCAAUUCCAGUUCCUCCAGACACUCGUCCUCCUCCUCACUCUCAUCCUCCUCCUCUUUGUGCACCCCGUCCGUCAUGGAGCAGGAGAAACACAGGAGUGUGGAGAGACAGCGACAGGAGGCAGCCACACUGCAGAAACAGCAGGCGGCAUACCAGGAGGAAAAGAGGAGAACAGAGAAGCUAUGGGAGCUGAAGGAGAAAGAUAUGGCAGAGCGGCAGGAGAGGCUCAGGGUGGAGGAGGAGCAGACCGGCAGGAGGCGUCAGGAGCUGAUGGAGGAAAGAGAAAAGCUACAGAGGAAGAAAGAGGAGUACCAGAGAGAGCUGGAGAGGCUAAGGGAGGCGCAGCGGAGGCUGGAGAGAGAUACGGAGGCUCUCAGGACAGACACGGACAGACUGGAAGCCAUGAGGAGAGAAAAGUCAGAGCAGCCGCAGAGGAACCAACGGAUUCCCUCCAUCACCUCUGAGGACUCCAUAAUGUUCCACAGCACUUGCUCUCUGGAUCUCGAUUCAAAUGAAGCAGCAGAGCAGCCAAAAGAGUUUGAGCUCUCAUCCUCUGCCCCAACCAAAGAACCUUUUCUCCGCAUUGGAUCCAAGAGGAUGGGCAAAAGCUUUAACCCCUUUUCCUCGUCAGCCUCCUCUAAGCCUCAGGGAGCAGAGAAGGAGUCCCAGCUCCCCACCAAACUGCUCCAGCUGACCAAACCCAAAGAGAAGAAGGACAAGAAGAAGAAGAAGAAGAAGGGCGAAGGAGAGCAAAGUCAGACAGAGAGCAAAGCUGCAGUGAUGUCAGAUCCUCAGAAUGAUGGAACUUCUUCUGCUGACGACCUGAACGCUGCACAUGUGAACUUCUAACCUUCCUGAGAAAGCAAACAGGACCCCAGGUGUUCCCUAAUUCUCUGUUUGGAUAUAAAAUGCCUAUGUCUUAGCUGACUGCCUGGCCUCUGGACACUGUCCCUGUCUUCCUGUCGGACAGGAUGGAACAUCAUGGGCAAGAAGCAAACUGUAUGACAGUCUGACUUACCUGCGUGUGUCCCAGGUCAACAACAGUGAUGAGUUCCUCUUGGAGACAGCAGAUGGAUUCAUGCUGAGCUGAUGACUCAUUCAGGACUUUAUUCACAAAAUGUUUCCUCCACAGCCGUCUCUCAGUGAGAGAUGUGACUGAAGGCUGAGGAGGAUCAGCCGAGCAGUGUGACAACAUGUUGUGCAGUUCCUCCUGCUGCCAGUCCGCAGACUGUGUGUAAGAUCAUGUCACAUGGUGCUUCAGGUCAAACCUCCACAAGACUUUAACUCUUUGAAACCAGGAAUGUCAUCACUUUUCUUGUGCUGCUUUCAGACACCUUUCACAAGUAUUUAAAGCU